AAAAGAACGAGGACGUUGUUUUACCCUUUGCCGCAGGUUCCCCCUCUCUGCUUGUUUCUCUUCCGGCGGCUUGGGCUCCCUGUCUCUGCCCUUCUCUUCCGUCCCUGCUCAAGGUACAGAGCUCUGUGUUCCGUACAAGCAAACGGACCAACCUAGGUCCUCGUCUUCUUACAGUCGCUGACUUUUGAGGUCAAUUGAAUCUCUUGGCAUUGUUUUGAGAGACCUCGGAGAUGAUGGUUUUAAGGGAAAAAUGACCAAGGCUUCUAUGUUAUAUGAUUGAUAUCACUCUGAAGCCUUUUGGUGUAGUUUUCGACACCCUAAUUGCAUGUAUGUUGAGACUGUUUCAGACCUGCAAAGGUGGGCGCUUUACAGGAGUUUUGCAGUCUGUCGCAUUAGUUCUCAGAGAAUUCUCAGCACCUGCAAAUGCUUUGCAAGACUAUAGGAAAGAUCAUGGUACUGAUGAUGUUCACAUGCUAUUCAGACACUGCACUAAACUACAGUCAGCCAAAUGCCUUCACGCGCGUCUCAUUGUCUCCCAAGCGAUCCAAAACGUCUGCGUCUCUGCUAAACUUGUCAACCUCUACUGUUACCUCGGGAGCCUCGCGUUGGCUAGGCACGCCUUUGACAACAUCCACAACAGAGAUGUCUACGCCUGGAACGCGAUGGUUUCUGGCUACGUCCGUUCGGGAAGCUCUUCAGAAGCUAUUAAGUGUUUCAGUCUCUUCAUGAUGACUUCUGGAUUACAGCCUGAUUACCGCACUUUCCCUUCGGUCUUGAAAGCUUGUAGAAGUCUCCUUGAUGGGAUGAAGAUUCACUGCUCGGCUCUGAAGUAUGGGUUUGUCUGGGACGUCUUCGUCGCUGCGUCGUUGGUCCAUCUGUACUGCAGGUACGGACCGGUGGCGAACGCGCGCAGGCUCUUCGAUGAGAUGCCUGUGCGAGACAUGGGCUCUUGGAACGCUAUGAUCUCUGGGUACUGCCAAAGCGGGAACUCCGAGGAGGCAUUAGCUCUCUCUAAAGAGCUGAAACACAUGGAUGCUGUUACUAUUGUAAGCCUCCUCGCCGCUUGCACGGAGGCUGGAGACUUCGUCAGAGGAGUUUUGAUUCACUUGUACUCGAUUAAACACGGGUUGGACUCUGAGCUGUUUGUCUCCAACAAGCUGAUUGAUAUGUACGCCGAGUCUGGUAACCUUAAAAGUUGCCAAAGGGUGUUUGAUGAGAUGACUGUGAGGGAUUUGAUUACUUGGAACUCUAUGAUCAAGGCUUAUGAGGUGAAUGAGCAGCCGCUUAGAGCGCUUAGGCUGUUUGAGGAGAUGCAGUUUCACAGAGUUCAACCAGAUUGCCUCACUUUGAUUAGUUUGGCUUCUACGCUCGCGCAGCUAGGUGAUGUUCGAGGUGGUAGAUCAGUCCAAGGCUUCACGUUGCGGAAAGGCUGGCUUUUGGAAGACGUGACCGUUGGAAACACGGUCGUUGACAUGUACGCAAAGCUAGGCCUUGUGGAUUCAGCGAGAGCGGUGUUUGAUUGGCUCCCAAGCAAAGACGUGAUCUCUUGUAACACUAUAAUAUCUGGCUACGCUCAAAACGGUUUUGCUACUGAAGCCAUUGAGAUGUAUAACGAAAUGGAGGAGGAAGAAGGUGGAGAGAUAACCCCUAACCAAGGGACUUGGGUGAGUGUUUUGCCCGCUUGUUCUCAGUCUGGGGCGUUGCGUCAAGGCAUGAAAAUUCAUGGCCGUCUCUUGAAGAACGGUCUUUGUUCGGAUGUUUUCAUUGGAACAAGCCUUGCUGAUAUGUAUGGAAAAUGUGGACGGCUAGAGGAUGCACUCUCGUUGUUUUAUCAAAUCCCAAGAGUCAGCUCGGUGCCAUGGAACACGUUGAUAGCGUGCCACGGGCUUCACGGGCACGGGGAGAAGGCGAUGACGCUGUUUAGAGAGAUGCUUGACGAAGGAGUGAAGCCUGAUCAUAUCACAUUCGUGACAUUGUUGUCAGCUUGUAGCCAUUCUGGAUUAGUUGACGAUGGUCGGUGGUUGUUUGAGUUAAUGCAAAGAGAGUAUAACAUAGCGCCGAGCUUGAAGCACUACGGUUGUAUGGUGGACUUGUUUGGCCGAGCGGGUCAGUUAGAAACCGCUUUUAACUUCAUCAAAGCCAUGCCGGUUCAGCCUGAUGCAUCUAUCUGGGGCGCUCUCCUCGGUGCUUGUAGAGUCCACGGAGACGUUGAUCUGGGGAAGGUUGCGUCUGAGCAUCUAUUCGAGGUUGAACCUGAGCAUGUAGGGUAUCACGUUUUGCUCUCAAACAUGUACGCUAGCGCUGGAAAAUGGGAGGGAGUUGAUGAGAUACGAGGCAAAGGUUUAAGGAAGACACCAGGCUGGAGCUCAAUGGAAGUAAAUAACAAGGUCGAAGUCUUUUACACGGGAAACCAGACGCAUCCCAUGUAUGAAGAAAUCUACAAGGAGUUGAGAUUGUUGCACGAGAAGAUGAAGAUGAUUGGGUAUGUGCCGGACCAUAGGUUCGUGCUGCAGGAUGUUGAGGACGAUGAGAAAGAGCAUAUACUGAUGAGUCAUAGCGAGAGGUUGGCUAUUGCGUUUGCGCUUGUUACCACUCCUCCGAAGACUAGGAUUCAGAUUUUUAAGAACCUGAGGGUGUGUAGCGAUUGUCAUAGCGUUACUAAGUUCAUGUCGAGGAUCACUGAGAGAGAGAUCGUUGUGAGAGAUUCAAACCGGUUUCAUCAUUUUAAGGAUGGAGUCUGCUCUUGUGGUGAUUACUGGUGAUUAACCGGUCCCAAUCAAUAUUGAACUUGGUUUUGGUGCCUUAGAUCUGCUGGAACUAGUGUCUACAGUGCUGUUCUUUUGUAUUUUUAUGGACACGAGUUCUUGUAGGAGGCUCUCUUAUAUCAUCUCACUCAGACGGAUCCAAUGCAAAACUUCUCCAUAUGAAGCCAGAAAAAGGAAGGCUUGUUAUGCAUCAUCCUAUGGAGUGGAGCUCAGGUACAUGGUCUAGUUCAAGGCAGCAAUGGACGGCUAGUGUUUGCUGUGUCUGUCUGCAAACACCCUUUGUUUUCGUCAAAAUCAUAUACGCCAUCGAUUCUCUGCUCUCUUUAGAUGAUAUGAAACCUCAGCUGCUGAUCUUUUGCGAGAUCUCUGAGUGAUACUAAUUAAAUGUUGUUUGCUUUCUUUGUUUUGUGGAUCAAUUCAUAAAUUUUGUUACUCUC